GGCGUGCGAGUAGAAAGAGAGAGAGAGAGAAGAGUAAUGUGCCCUUUGAGCUCCUUAAGCUACCUUUGACAUGUGAUUCCUUCUCUCCCUUCUCUUCAACGCACACCUCUCCCCUCCUCUCUCUCUUCUCCCUCCCCUUCUCCUGGCCUGGCGCCACUCUCUCUCCCUCUCUCUCCUCACUCCGCACAGUCCCUUCCCCUCCUCCGCCUCCUUCUCCUCCUCUCCAUCUCCGUCUCUUAUAAAUCCUCAUCUCUGCGCGUGCUGGACACCUACUCCUCCUCCUCCUCCUCCUCUACACUACACUCUCGUUCGACAACCCGUCUGUGACGGUCCACACAUCCCCUCCCCUCCCCUCCUCUUCCCUCGACCCUCUCCGACAAGCUCGACAUUCGUUCACAGGUUCCUUGUGCUGGCCACUCCGGACCUCCGACUAAACUCGCCACACCUUCGACACCCACGCCGACACAACUAGACGUAUCAACUUGACAUAAUGCGCCUCUCUCUUGUCCCACUUCUGCUUGCUGCGGCGACCUCAGCCCUACCCACCCGCAUUGACACUGGCGUUGAUCGCCGCCAUGUUCCCCAUGCCCCUCCCGUACCCCGCAACGAGCACAUAGCACUGGCCGCAGAGCACGCCCAGGCCCGCCGCGCGGGCUCAGGUCUCGCUCAUGGCUCCGCCUUCCGCAAGGUGCGUCGCUCAAAGACCAAGCGUGCACGCAAGUGCCGUCCUCGUACCUCGUCGUCCAGCACCACCACUCCGGCGCCCACCGGCGGUGAAUGGAGCCAGACCUGGUCCAAGCCCGACAACAACUCGACUUCAGGUGGUUCCCCAUCGAGCUGGUGGGACGGCCCCCCCGUUGACGGCGGCUCGUCCGACUGGUCCUCGUCGGCGACCACUACCACCUCGGCCGAGACUGGCAGGCCAUCCCACUCUUCCAGCGAGUACUCGCCCUCCCAAUCGUCCUCUUCCUCGCCUUCCACUUCCGCCGGGGAAAGUUCGCCUUCGUGGUCGCCUUCGCCGUCCGCCUCGUCUAGCCCAUCUGACAGCUGGACCAGCCAGACACCUUCGGCGUCCGCUUCUGGUUCUGAGGCUCAGUCCACCACUUCCUCCAGCGCGGCGCCACAGGCCUCGCAGGGUGGCCAGAGCAGCAGCGAGCUUGACCACAUGCUCUUCCCCAAUGGCCGCGGCACCGCUUUCUGGACUACCAGCUCUGGCGGCCUGUCCUUCGAGGAGGCCCUCCUGCCGCUCCAGUUUGGCUCGCUUCCCAACGUGGCCCGCGCGCCGGACGGCUCGCUGGCCUUUGAGCAGGUGUACCCCGGCGGCCAGCACGGCGAGGGCUACUCGUUCUACUGCGGCGGCCAGAAGAACGGUGUCAACGUCGAGGGCGCAAAGGAGAUCACCUUUGCGUACUCUGUCUUCUUCAAGGAAGGCUUUGCCUGGACCAAGGGCGGAAAGCUUCCCGGCAUCUACGGCGGCACAUCGCUCGAGUCGGCCAAGUCGUGCUCGGGUGGCCGCUCGGAAGGCCGCGACGACUGCUUCUCGGCCCGCCUCAUGUGGCGCGCCAACGGUGACGGCGAGCUGUACAACUACUUCCCGCCCGAUGCCCAGAACGACUACUGCAACUUCCCGCCCAAGUCGGUCUGCAACAAGAACUUUGGCGAUUCGAUUGGCCGCGGUGCCUUUCAGUUCAAGGCUGGCCAGUGGAACACGGUGUCGCAGCGCCUCAAGCUCAACGACCCCGGACAGAAGAACGGCGAGCAGGAGCUCUUUGUCAAUGGCCAGAGCGUCAUUAGACUGAACAACGUCAUGAUCACCUCCAACCCCGCGGCCAAGCUGUACGGCAUCAUGGCGCAGACCUUCUUCGGCGGUGGCUCCUCCGACUUUGACCCCCCCAGCGACCAGACGGCUUGGUUCAAGGACUGGUCGCUGUCCAUGUCAUAAACUCUCUCUCUCCCCAGCGUGCCGCUGGUCGGUGCGCUCCCCUCAUCUUGGACGGCGCUGUGCGCCGCAACCGGGCGGUGCUGGCACCACCGGUUCUUGUAAAAGGUUUGCCGUUUCCUACUCUACUCUACUCUCUCCCUCCCCACCCGUAGGCGCUCCGUACUGUGAUGCAUGCAUGUAGCGCCGGCAGCUGGCUGACGUG